AUGAUAAAACAGGUUACUGUUGAUCAUGAAACAUGUAGAUCAUUAAAAAAACUUAUUAAAACAAAGUCCUUGGCCGUAACUGAUGAAGAGACUGCUGAUUUAUCUGCAACACGUUUAUCAAUUUCGAAUAGUUUAACAUCUGUCCAUAAAUGUGGUGAAGAACAAGAUGAAGAAAAAUUAGAAAUUGGACGUGUAGCAAGUUGGGCAGUAGGAUUUGAAAAAUUGUUAAAUGAUGAUAUGGGCUUAUCGAUAUUUACUGAUUUUCUGAAAAAAGAAUUUAGUCAAGAAAAUAUUGAAUUUUGGGUAGAAUGUGAAAAAUUUAAAAAAUUGUCAGAUUUAGAUGAGAUUCGUCAAAAAGCUGGAUCUAUAUGGUCCUUUUAUCUCAGUGAUACAGACGAUGGAUCAUGUCCAAUAAAUAUCGAUAGUCGAACGCGACAAGAAUGUCAAUCAUUAUUAAAAACACCAAAUGUAAACAUGUUUGAAAAAGCUCAAUCUCAGAUAUUCCAAUUAAUGAAAUAUGACAGUUAUACAAGAUUUUUAAAAUCAAACAUGUACAAAGAUUGUAUUAUGAGUGAAAUGGAAGGAAAAUCUUUACCUCAUCAUAAAACGAAUAGUAGAGGAGAUAAUGAUGAAAGAUCAAAAGCAAUCGAUUGUCUGGCCAAACUGAAAGAGGAAGAAAAAAAAGAUAAAAAACGUUCACCAUUACUUCCAUGGACUAAAGCAUUCAUUAAGUGGAAACGUUUAUCAGUAAAACGUGAUCGUGAUCGUGAGCCAAUUAAUGAAAAAGAGAAAACACCAACAUCAACAACAAGCCUUCAAACAUCGGCAAUGAAAUUUGACAAUAAAAUAAAACCAUCGACAUCUUCAUUAAUAGCAACAUUAAAUACUACUACUAAUAAUAAUAAUAAUAUAAAUGAUCUUUCUGUUCUAUCAUCUAUAUUUUCUGAAACUAAUCACGAUUUAUCUUUGUUAUCAUCCAAUUUAACUGGUGCAGCAUCAGAAUUAUUAAGUAGACGUGGAUCAGCAAAUACAUUAUUAAACUUUGAUUCAUCUAAAAAAAUUAAUUUUAUAGAUUCUCCUACUAUUGAUUUAUCUCGUUCUUGUCGUUUUUUAUUUCCUGAUUCAACAUCCACUAUUAUCCCAUCAUCUAAUUGUAAUCAUAUUACUAUUCAACAAGCGAUUAAUCGAUUAUUUGCUAAACGUGGUAUUACAUGGUAUCGUUGCGAAUUAUAUAUAGUAAAUUCUGAUCAACUUGUAGAUAUUCAAGAACCAUUUUCAACAUUAUCUGGUAAAGAAGUGCGUGUCGAAAUUCGUAUAUUAUGUCGACUUGAUCUUCCAUCACGUUCAUUAUGUAUACGAUGUGAUCCAAAACGAACAAUACUCCAAAUACUUCAACCAAUACUUGAAAAAUUAAAAUUAUCCAUUGGACAAUUUGUUUAUUAUAUUAAUGAAUCGUUGAUACCGUUGAAUUUGAAUGAAAAUAUAUCUGCUUAUGAUAAUCAACGAAUUUAUACAUUAACAAAAACAGCAGCCGGUGUAGAUAUGUCUGGUCGUACACGUUUGAAAUCCACAAAUGAUAUAUUUGAUAUGGUACCAGACAAUGAUGAAGAUAUACGAUUUGAUGAGACAGGCGUAUUAAAAAUUUCAAAACUACCAUAUCGACAGAGUCCAUCAAUCAUGACAAAUGAUGAUUGUCCAUCAACACCCGACAGACAAGUAGAAUUGGUAUCCUUUGACAAUGAUCAAAUUUAUUGUGGACAAACAUCACCAAAAGCUAGAAAUUACUAG